CACGCCCUCAAAACCCUCGUAGCCGCCCCUUCUUCAAAGCCCUCAUAGCCGCCCCUUCUCCAAGACCCUUUCCCGUAUCCGUCCCUUCUCCAAGAUCCUCGUAGCCGCCUUUCCCCUUCUUCUUCCUCUCACGAACCCUAAUAAUUUCUAGCUGCCAGGCCCGAACCCAUCAAAACCUUCAACGCAACUAUGUCCACUCCGGCGGCCACCCCCCCAUCCCUAAUCUCCGAGAAGAAGAAGAAGAAGAAAGAAAAAAAAGGCGCCAACGUUGUCGAUGCAGGGGACGCCUCCUACGCCGGCCUCAGUACCCUUUACAACGUCACCGAUGUUGCCGGUGGAGACAUGGAUCUUUAUUCGCAGGAUUUCCUCAUAAAGCCCCAAUCUUUCACCCCUACUUUGGACACCUCCAAGUGGCCGAUCCUCCUUAAGAACUAUGACCGCCUCAACGUCCGUACGGGGCAUUACACGCCUCUGCCCGCCGGCAACUCCCCUCUAAAGCGACCGCUUGAAUUGUAUCUUCGCUAUGGCAUCAUCAACCUUGACAAGCCAUCAAAUCCCUCAUCUCAUGAGGUUGUUGCUUGGAUAAAACGCAUUCUCCGUUCGGAGAAGACAGGCCACAGUGGCACUCUCGAUCCUAAGGUAACAGGAAAUCUCGUUGUUUGCAUUGAUCGUGCUACUCGCCUCGUUAAAUCUCAGCAGGGAGCGGGAAAGGAAUACGUCUGUGUUGCUCGCCUUCAUUCCGAUGUACCCGACACUGUAAAGGUUGCUCGAGCACUGGAAACCCUCACCGGAGCCGUCUUUCAGCGGCCACCGCUUAUUUCUGCCGUUAAGCGACAACUCCGGAUUCGAACAAUCUAUGAAAGCAAGCUCCUUGAGUACGAUGCCGAAAAGCACCUUGUUGUUUUCUGGAUUUCAUGUGAGGCUGGCACUUAUGUUAGAACUCUCUGUGUUCAUCUUGGCCUCAUCCUUGGAGUUGGUGGGCACAUGCAGGAGCUAAGAAGAGUACGGUCAGGGAUUCUUGGGGAGAGAGAUAACAUGGUUACCAUGCAUGAUGUGCUUGAUGCCCAGUGGGUGUAUGAUAAUUUCAAAGAUGAGAGCUAUUUGCGAAGAGUAGUGGUGCCACUAGAGGUUUUGCUAACGAGUUAUAAGAGAUUGGUUGUGAAGGAUUCAGCUGUGAAUGCUAUUUGUUAUGGAGCUAAGUUGAUGAUUCCAGGUCUGCUUAGAUUUGAGAAUGAUAUUGAAGUUGGUGAAGAAGUAGUGCUAAUGACCACAAAAGGAGAGGCGAUUGCUCUUGGAAUCGCUGAGAUGACAACUGCAGUAAUGGCGACUUGCGAUCAUGGGACUGCGGCACGAAUCAAGAGGGUGGUGAUGGACAGAGAUACCUAUCCAAGGAAGUGGGGACUUGGGCCUCGGGCAUCCAUGAAGAAGAAGUUAAUUGCCGAGGGCUUGCUUGAUAAGCAUGGCAAGCCUAAUGAGAAGACCCCAGCAGAAUGGCUGAGGAAUGUGGUGUUACCAACUGGGGGUGAUGCCAUGAUUGCUGGAGUUGCUGCUGCUCCAGCAGCAGUUACAGCUGCAGUUGUUGCUGCAAAGGAAGAAAAGGAGCAGCUUUUGGAUGAAGGGAAAGAGGAGAGGAAGAAGAAAAAGAAGCAUAAGAAUGUUGAUGGUGGAGGUGAGAGGCGUAAGCAUAAAUUAGAUGAUGAUGUUGAGGGUGCUGCUGUGCCUGCCAAGAAAGUUAAGAUUGAAGCUGAAGAUGGAGUGGGUGGGGGUGAGGUAAAGAGUUUAAAAACCUUGAAGGAGGAUACUGUGCAUUUGGUUAAGUGUGAAACUCUAGAUGGAGUGGCUGGGGUCGAGGCAACUGCUUUAAAAACCUCAAAGGAGGAUGUACUGGAGUCAGUAGAGAAGACAAGCGAGAAAGAGAAGAAGAAAAAGAAGAAAAAGAAGGUCAAAGAAGAGGAAGAUUGCUCUAAUGAGAAUAAUGUUGUGGAUGAAGAGAAGAAGAAGGAUAAGAGUGUAAAAAUUAAGACUGAGCUAGGCUCUGACAUUGAGGAGGCAGAUGAAAAGGAGAAAAAGAAGGAUAAGAAGAAGAAGAAGAGCAAGGAAGUGCAGGAUGGUGUUGCAACUGAUGCUCCUGGUGAUGGUCUCCGGGCAGACGAUAGUGGGGGAGAAAAAACCGAGAAAAAAAAGGAUAAGAAGAAAAAGAAGAACAUUGAAUGCGAGAAUGCAGAGCAGUAGGAUAAAGCUUAUUAUUCCUGACCUUUUAAGAGGUAAAUUGGUCUUGCUCUUUGUUUGAUAUUCUGGCUUUGCUAUAUAUCAUUCUACUAGCUUCGUGCUCUUUCCAAUGUUAAAUUAAUCUUUAGCUAAAAUGACAAUCUUGUGCACUAUUGAGAUUUAUGUUUUAUUCCUGUUCCGUGGGAGCUUCUCUUGGAUGGACGAAUAUGUAUGAGAUGCUUGUUGUAGUUUACUCUUAUUUUUCAUCCUUUUGCUGAUUUCUUUAAAUUUUGUUUAA